UUUGAGCUCUCUUUCCAAGCGGCGGUAAUUCAAUUGGUGACCUUACUAAGCAAUGUUUCGGAAUCAGUACGAUCAUGAUGUAUCUGUUUGGAGUCCACAGGGACGAAUACACCAAAUAGAGUAUGCUAUGGAAGCUGUAAAACAAGGAUCAGCGGCAGUUGCUUUGAAGAACCAUGACUAUGCCAUAAUUGUUGCGCUUAAAAGAGCACCGUCGGAAUUAUCAUCAUACCAGGAAAAGAUAAUCCACAUAGAUGACCAUGUUGGUGUAGCGAUUUCGGGUUUAACCGCAGACGGUAGACUUUUGAGCCGGUCAAUGCGUCGUGAGUGUGCCGAUAGCAGGUGGGCCUAUGACGAACCUCUGCCAAUAUCUCGCUUACUCUCAACGAUUACACUCAAAAUGCAGAUCCCAACUCAAAGGUACGGGCGACGUCCAUUUGGAGUUGGAAUGCUUGUAACUGGUUAUGAUGCACUAGGACCACAUGUCUAUUAUCUGUGUCCUUCUUCGAAUGCAUAUGACUGUAAGUGUAUUGCAAUUGGAUCUCGAUCUCAAUCUGCUCGUACCUAUCUGGAACGACACCUAGAUGAGUUUAAAGGUUCAUCGCUGGAUAACUUAAUUUGUCAUGGUCUAAAGGCUUUAAACAGUACAUUGCCGAAUGAAGUUACCUUGAAUACGAAGAACUGCUCACUUGCUAUUGUUGGAAAAGAUAUGAAAUUCACAAUCUUUGAAGAUGAUAACAUUGAUUCUUAUCUUAAAUUGUUCGAGGCUACACAAGCUAGUACACAGGCUUCAACUACAUCUGAUUCGGGCCCUACACCGAUGGAACAAGAUCAGCCUGCUUCUUGACAAAUUUAGUGUGCAUAUGUGUUUGGCCUAGUGAUUACAAUUUGUGUUACACUGUUUGCUUUCAUUUGUAAAGAAAAAAUAAUGAAAAUUGUGAUACAAUGUUUUUUGUUCUC